GGGGCUGGGAGCUUGUGCUCCUGGCUCUGACUUGGGUCCACUUUGGGAGAAGCAUGUGGUCCUGCCCUGCCCACGUGUCGCGGAGUCUCCUGACUGCUGCUAGACUCCCCCAGUCCGUGGAGCAGCCUCUUUGUGUCUCUGUUAAUGAUUAGGGUGGCUUACUCUCCAUGCACUCCUGUAGCCCAGGCAGAAUCGGAUCCACUAACCAUCCAUUCUGCAAUGGACCGACAGACUGCUCCAGAGACCCCGAAACUGCCACAUGACAUGCCUGAUAGAAAUCUGUGUGGCUUGGCUUGAACUCAGCUCUUCCCUCCCCUUUGAUUGACCAGGGUGGGCUUUGGGAAUCUCUCGACUGGGGAGGCUCUGCUGUGGCAGCAGCGCUGUGAAGCUGUCUCCAUAGGGUGCAGGCCUGGGCUGCCAUGCCGCUGCAGCUGCGCUCAGCAAACCCGAAGUUUCCAGGGAUGUGGAGCUUUAGAAAAGGUGUUAGUCUACGCAGGUGGGUGGGGUCUAGAAAGGUGUAGGUGGGCCGUGCAGGUGCAUGGGACACAGCUACAGCCCAUUACGUUGUAGGCAUCCAACACUAUUUAUGAGAACUUCCCUUCUUAGGUAACCCAAUAGGAAUGUCUGGGAGUUUGACCUUUUAGAGGGAGUCAACUUUUAUAACUUAAAACUAGACCUCUCAUUGUUCCAGAAUAAAACAUUUAUUAAAGCAAAAACCAAACCCGGCUUCUCUGGAGCACAGUUGCCAUUUGCACUUGAACUUAGCUUGGGUUUGGAGGGACCAGUUCCAAGUUUAGUAUUGCUUACUUCCCAGGUGGUUGCUAGAAUCAGGAGUUGGAAGAGGGGACUCAUAGAAGGCGGCUCCUACGAGGGUCCAGCCCUUUCUCCAGCCCCUGUGAGGCCACUGUUGGUUACGAUUUCCAAGCAGUUCCGUCCUGGUGACCGUGUCCAGGUUAUGACGACUAAUCCCAAACCGAACAAGGCAUUAAAGGUCAAGAAGGAGGCGGGCGAGAACGCCCCGGUGCUCAGCGACGAUGAGCUGGUGUCCAUGUCGGUGCGCGAGCUGAACCAGCACCUGCGGGGCCUCACCAAGGAGGAGGUGACCCGCCUGAAGCAGCGCCGGCGCACGCUCAAGAACCGCGGCUACGCGGCUAGCUGCCGCAUCAAGCGGGUGACGCAGAAGGAGGAGCUGGAGCGGCAGCGUGUGGAGCUGCAGCAGGAGGUGGAGAAGCUGGCGCGCGAGAACAGCAGCAUGCGGCUGGAGCUGGACGCCCUGCGCUCCAAGUACGAGGCCUUGCAGACCUUCGCCCGCACCGUGGCCCGAGGGCCCGUUGCGCCCACCAAGGUGGCCACCACCAGCGUCAUCACCAUCGUCAAGUCCGCGGAGAUUGCCCCCUCCGUGCCCUUCUCUGCCGCGUCCUAGUGCCUGCUGGGGCCUCGUGGGGGGCAGUGGGUGGGCGCCUCCCACGUGCCUGUCAGAGGGUCCUUGGGACCCAGACUGUCAACAUCCACAUCAAAUGCGGGUCCUCGGGCCACGGCAGCUCACGCCAGGGCGAGGUUGCAGGUGCAGGAUGUGGAGCAGGCUCUGGGGAGCCCCUGCCACACGCCACCACACUCAUGCGCACAUGCGUGCUCACACACUCACACGCCCUGCCCCUGCUCCCCGGUGUAUGUGUCUGGUUCUGGAAGUUAGUGUCUCGCGCCCGUGGGAGUCAGGAUGUAGGGUGGGAAGGUCCUGGGAAGGAAGGUGCUGAGGUCCCCUGCAGGGGCUGCCAGAAGCAGCAGCUGCCCCUGCAGCCUGGCUGGCAGGCGCUUGUCUUCCACGUGCUGUGGGCAGCCCGCCAGCCCCUGUAGGAGCCCUGCUGCUGUGACCGAGCUCUGGCUGCCCUGAGAGGGGAGUGGAUGGAAGGUGGUCAGCCCCUUGGUCUUCCAGCCUUCCUUGUUGAGAUGCACUGUGACCUGCUUCAGCUCUGAGCAUGCAGCCUGUGCCGCUCAGGCAUGGGUGGGAGGGCCGCCUGCGUGGGCUGGUGCGUGUGUACGCAUGUAUGCACGGGUGCACGUGUGUGCACCUGCAUGUAUGUGUACAGGCUUGCCUGCCAUCACUGCAUCCGUGUACCAGCACCUCAGGGGGCCUUGGAAGAGCAGCUGGUCGCAUGGAGAGGGCCUGUGGGUAUGUGGGAGAGGGAGGUGUAUGUAUGUAAUGGUCCUGUGUCGCCUGUGUAGGUGCAGUAGACACCUGCCCACGGGAGCCAGCCCACUCAGUCACAACCCCUUGGGCCAUUCCCGGGUCUCAGUGCAGACAGGCAGGUCUCAGGCGGGUUUACCCAGAGCUGCCUCUUGCCAGCUGUGGUGGGCACAGGGGAGAGUGUGAGGGUCUUUCUGUGGCCUGGAUGGCAGGGCUGCUACGGCCCAGGUAGGGGCUGUGGCCUGAGGGAUGCUGGUGGAGGUGGGGGGGGGCGUCCUGUGGGGAGUGGGGGAGGAGGUGGGAGCAGUGCCCAGGAACAUGAGAGGUGGGCCUGGGACGUGGGGAGGGUCAGAGGGCGUGACCAGAGGGGCGAGGCCGGACCCUGGGCCAGGAGUGCCUUGGCAGCUGGCAGGUGGCAGGCUCUGCAACCCUGCCCCUGCGCUUUCUUCCUGGAGCGUGCAGUGGCUGUGUCUUGGCCGUCCUUGGGCUUCCUUUCCCAGGGAGCCCUGAGAGCUCCUGUGCCUGUGCAUGCAAGUGGGUGGCAGUCCUGGGGUGAGCCGGCGGGAUGGAGCCCUGGCCACUGGCCAGAAGCUGCCACGUAGGAAAAGCCGAGGUGAUGCCAGGACCCGGCCUCUGGUUCCCUCUAAGCCUCGCCCACCCAGGGAGACCCCAGCAAGCGGCACCACCCCCUGCGGGGUGUGAGCCCCAUGGGAGGGCAGAGGACGGGCAGCCCCAGGGCUGUGACACAAGUCUGUCUGCUGUUAGAGUGACCAGGAAGCUGCAGGCCCAGCCGGCACCAGGGCACACUGGGCCUUGCCGGUGCAGAAGGCCGGUGUUUAGGUAAAAGGUGGUGACACCACAGCCAUGGUAGGUAAUCCAUAUUGGAUAUCGAUAAGGACCAUGGGAAUAUUUAAAGAGAGAAAGAUUAUAUAUAUAUAUAAAAUUAUAUACACAUUUUAUCGUAUAGAUUUUUCGUAGCGAUUUUCCUUUUCCGGUUUGAUACUGUAAAUCUUUAUUAGAGCAGAGCCGCAGUGCACGUUGGACGGCGGGAGUGGGGGCGGGUCGUCCUCCUUCCUGGCUUCUCGGAAGGAGGCAGGUGCCCGUUGUCUUCCCUCCUCUUCUGAGGCUGCACUGGCCCCACGCUGGCAGGUGCUGUGCUCGGAGCCGCAGUGGGUUGCAGGUUCUCUCCAGUCUUGGGGUUCUUGGUGUCCCUGUCUUGUGGGACGUUGGCAGGUGGGGGACCGUGGGACGUGGGCUGGGGAGGGGACGUCCCACCCUUGGCUCUGCCUGCCCGAGAUGGCGCGUUCUGCUCUUUUCUGAUCAUUGAGAUUUCAUUGUCAUGAUUUAAUAUAUGGAUUUUUUUUUUUUUUAUUUAAGAAAAAAAGACAAGGACCUCUUUGUCGUGUGGGUUUGUUUUCUGUCUCUGUGCCUCAGGCUUCCAAAGAAGGCAGGUCUUUGCUUCUCCCAAGGCGGUUGGGACCCUCUGUUUCCCGUGUCGUCACCCAGUUUCUCCUGCCUCUGUGCUACUCGGCGGUUUCAUUUCAAUAUUUAUUUUUGUGCUGCUUUUUACGUGAUAUAAAUUAUUGAGGAGAGAUCACAUGUGUGGACCCUCGCCUGGCGCAGGCCCCCACUUGCAACCCUGCCCUGUCCCCGUGUCGUGGCUGCCACCUGAUUUACUGCUGUACAUCUUGCUGCUGUGACUGCUUUUGUACCUUUGCAAUAAAGAUUUUUCUGUUUCCA